AUAAAAUGCAUAAGGCAGAGACACCAUGAAAGCACAAACUGUGUCCCGGUACCAGCCGUCCAAUAGUCACAGUCAGAGGAACCAUGUUUGCUAAGACAGUGACUGAGAGCUUUGCUAAUGUCAUCCAUGGUUUGAGCAGUGCUCACCUCACUGAAGCUGUGAUCGUGAGAAGCAAGCGUAUGAUUCUGGAUACAUUAGGAGUCGGCCUGCUUGGGACAACCACUGAAGUCUUCCAAAAAGCUUUACAGUAUAGCAAAAUUUACAGCGCAGAUAUAUCCAGCACUGUUUGGGGCCAAUCAGAUGUUCGGCUUCCUCCACUCUAUGCUUCUUUUGUCAAUGGAGUUGCUGUUCAUUCCAUGGAUUUUGAUGAUACAUGGCACCCUGCCACCCACCCUUCAGGGGCAGUCUUGCCUUCUUUGAUUGCAUUGUCAGAAUCAUAUCUUGGAAACCAGAGGCCAUCUGGACUUGAUCUUCUUUUGGCAUUCAACAUUGGCAUCGAGGUUCAGGGAAGACUCAUGCGCUUUUCUAAAGAAGCCAGAGACAUCCCAAAGAGAUUUCACCCUCCCACCGUGGUUGGACCUAUGGGAAGUGCUGCAGCAUCAUCUAAAUUUCUACGUCUGAACCAGUCUCAGUGCCGAGAGGCCCUAGCUAUUGCUGCAUCCUAUUCUGGAGCCCCAAUGGCUAAUGUAGCCACACAAACCAAACCACUGCACAUCGGCAAUGCUGGUCGUCAUGGCCUUGAGGCCUCUUGUUUGGCAUAUCUAGGCCUUGAAGCAAGCAAGCAGAUUUUUGAUUUGGAGACUGGAUUUGGUGCUUUCUAUAAUGACUACGAUCCCCAGAGUUUACCAUCUUUAGACUCUUUUACCUGGCUUCUGGAAGAUCAAGAUGUGGCUUUUAAGCGCUUUCCAGCUCAUCUUGGAAUGCAUUGGGUUGCAGAUGCUGCUUCAGCUGUCCGAAGGCACAUUGUUGGGAGCAAUGGUUUGCUGCCUGUGGACAGUGUAAAAAGAAUUGAACUUAAAAUCCCAGAUGCCAAGUAUGUGAAUAAACCUUUCCCUACAUCAGAGCACGAAGCUCGCCAUUCCUUCCAGUUUAAUGCAUGCACUGCUCUUCUUGAUGGAACUGUAUCCGUUCAGUCAUUUACUGAAUCCAACAUUUAUCGACCAAAUCUGAGAGAACUUCUAAGUAAAAUACAGGUAGUACACCCAUCUGACAACAAACCAAAUUUCGAGAAGCUGUAUUGUGAAGUCAAUAUAACAAUGCAAAAUGGAGACACUUUUAGCGAGAGAUGUGACACAUUCUAUGGUCACUGGAGAAAACCUCUUAGCAAAGAAGAUCUUGUGAACAAAUUUAGGUCUAAUGCGUCUACUGUCCUUUCAAAAGAUGGCGUAGAAGGUAUUCUGGAAACUGUGGAUAGACUGGAAGAUGUGGCAGAUUGUUCUGUGUUAAGCAGCUUUCUGAAAUUAAAAAAUGAUGCUUUAGAAGAACGCAAAAAAACAAUUUUACAAUAGAUUGUGUCAAGAUUUUAAUAUAAACACAAGUGCCUACUGUAUAUUACACCUAUAUUUUAACACUAACUGCACCUAUGUAAUUCGAAUAAUUCUUUAUUGUUCCACAACAUCCCUGCUGACUAUUUUCUCAUCCUUCAGAUUAAGUGCAGUAAUUGGAAAUAACAUGCACUUAUAAACAAGCAGCAAAGCGUAUUUUAGCCAUUGGAAACUUUCAGAUAUCUGGCUAUAGUAGGUCACGCUGAAGGUUAUUCUGCAACAGCUAGCACAACAAAAUUCAGACUCUCAAGAAAUUCUUUAAUAUGUUUUUAAUGGUGUGAGGGUUCCAAAUAAAACACCGGAAAUUGCCAAGAGUACUGUUUAGGGGCUUUCUAAUUCUUUGAAACUGGUGUUGUGCAAUAAUAUGUUUACAAUAUACAGAGAGAAAAAUACCUUUGUAUGUAACUGAGAAUUAAUAAAGGGAUAUCUAGUAUACAUUAUUUACAAUGUUGUAAUACCAGAUUCAUUUGUAAUGUUGCUUAAAGCAGUAUAGAUUUAAGGAAAAAAUAAAGUUUUGUUUUACUUCUGAAAAACCUGAUUUU